GCCGUUCACUUCCGGGAUAGCAACUGAACUCUAGACGUCCACAGAGCUUUCAAGUUAGUGGGUCGGUGGUUGGUUGUCUUCGUUUACGUACACAAACUUUGACCUGCUGUUCGAGGACUGCGUGCAUACAUCAGAAAGCAGCACAAUGAGUCUGCAACAGAUCAAUGAGAACGUUAAGCUGGCCCGCGAAUAUGCCUUGCUUGGGAACUACACCUCGGCCAGCGUCCUUUACCACGGCUUGCUGGACCAAAUCAAGAAGUAUGUGCACACUGUGCGGGACAGCAGUUUUCAGCAGAGAUGGCAGCAGUUGUGGCAGGAAAUCAGCGAAGAGAAUCGACAAGUUAAGGAAAUAAUGUUGACUCUGGAGAACUUCCAACUUGACACAACGCCCGCUAAACCCAGUAACCAUGAUGAUUGCGAUAUAAGGCCUGUGCACAUAGAGCAGCGACAUUCUCCUUGUCCUGUGAGGCGGCCAGCCAACCAGUGUAAAGACGGCAAACCCACCAACAACAGGCUGAGCGUGGCUGUGAGGGCCCAGCAGAGGCCCUCAGCCCGUGCCUCCAAUGGGGACCGAGGCAAAGCAUCCAAAGGCAAAGAGAGGAGAGAGUCAAAGGAGUCCGCCGGAAAAGUAAAGGAUGACAAGAAUAAAGCAGAUGUUGAGGAGAAAGAAGUGAAAAAGUUUGACGGGACGGGAUACGAUAAAGAUCUUGUGGACGCUUUGGAGAGAGAUAUUAUAUCUCAGAAUCCAAAUGUGAGAUGGGACAACAUUGCAGACCUGGAAGAUGCAAAAAAACUUCUCAAAGAAGCGGUUGUGUUGCCGAUGUGGAUGCCAGCAUUUUUCAAAGGAAUAAGAAGACCCUGGAAGGGGGUGCUUAUGGUCGGACCACCCGGCACUGGGAAAACCCUUUUGGCUAAAGCAGUUGCCACCGAGUGCCGAACCACUUUCUUCAACGUCUCUUCGUCCACUCUCACCUCCAAGUACAGAGGGGAAUCAGAAAAGCUAGUUCGCCUUCUCUUUGAAAUGGCUCGUUUUUACGCUCCCACUACGAUCUUCAUUGAUGAAAUUGACUCCAUGUGCAGCCGCAGAGGGACUUCAGAAGAGCAUGAGGCCAGCCGAAGAGUCAAGGCGGAGCUACUGGUGCAGAUGGAUGGUGUUGGUGGAGCGUCAGAAAACGAGGAUCCGUCGAAGAUGGUUAUGGUGCUGGCUGCCACCAACUUCCCGUGGGACAUUGAUGAGGCUCUGAGGAGACGGCUGGAGAAGAGGAUCUACAUCCCCCUGCCUUCAACCGAAGGGCGAGUGGAACUGCUCAGGAUCAACCUGACGGAGCUGGAGCUGGCGAGCAACGUGGACUUGGAUAAGAUUGCAGAGAAGUUGGAGGGUUACUCUGGAGCCGACAUUACCAAUGUGUGCAGGGACGCAUCUUUGAUGGCCAUGAGGCGAAGAAUCGAGGGCCUCACACCAGAGGAGAUCCGUAACAUCUCCCGGGAUGAGAUGCACAUGCCCACCACCAUGGAGGACUUUGAGUCCGCUCUGAGGAAAGUGUCCAAAUCCGUGUCUGCUACUGACCUGGAGAAGUAUGAAAAGUGGAUCGACGAGUUUGGCUCCUGCUGAAAACCACUGGUAUCUGGACCUGUUCAGUUAUUGCUGCAGGAUGACGAGUUACUGUGUGGCAGGUCGUGUCGGGGAAUCUUUCUGCAAAAUCCAGGUGUUAUCGAAGAGUAUUUAAGUGGCACCUUAAAUUCCUUUAUUGUACAUGUUCAAAUGAGUUUUGCUAAAACCGGGACUUGAGACACAACAUAGUUAUUUCUCAUUUUGUUUUAAUAAUCUUGAAUUCAGUGGUAGUAAGACGUAAAUGUUUCUGUAAUAGACUCUCUAUCAAUAAAUCAACAGUGCAUCUAUUACCGCUACUUUGCUUUCUCAGGUGUCAUAUCUGUACGUCUUUGUAUGUCUUUGUACCAUUGUGUUUUAAUCCUAUCAAAUGUUACUCAUGUUUUGUCUUUUCUUGUUUUCGUACUUUAUUAAAGGUGUGAACUGUG